CUAGAAGGUGUGGGAGGCACACACUGUGGGCACUGUUGGAGACACAGACUAAUCGUCUCUGUCGUAUUUUCAACAGGUGUGAGGCCAACGUGACAAUCGCCUCUCAGACAAACAAGCCCAUCCCAGAAUGCACCAUUAAGAACCGCCCCAGUCUGAUGGUGGAGAAAAUUAACCUGUUUUCCAUGUUUGGGACGGGUAUCGCCAUGAGCACCUGGGUCUGGACCAAAGCCACCAUCCUCAUCUGGAAACGCACCUGGUGCAAGAUCAUCGGUCGUAGCGAUAAUGAACCGAAGAGGAUAAAGAAAAGCAAGAUGAUCGCCAAGGCAUUCGCGAUGAGGAAGGAGCUCCACAAAGAUCCAGAGAAAGAGCUGUCCUUCAGCAUGCACACCGUGUCCCACGAAGGACCAGUGGCCGGAAUCAAUUUUGACCUAAACGAGCCAUCAAAUGACAUGUCGUCAGCUUGGGCACAGCAUGUGACAAAGAUGGUGGCCAGGCGAGGUGCCAUCCUCCCACAGGACAUUUCUGUUACUCCCACUGGUACACCAGUGCCCCCUCCAGAGGAGAGGAACCGCCUGUGGAUGGUGGAGGCCGAAAUUUCACCAGAAAUGAUAAAGAGGAAAAAGAAGAAGAAGAAGAAGAGGAAGAAGGAGGUGCGUCCGGUUGAGGAGAUGGUGGACCACCAGGUUUAUCGCCAGCGUGAGUUUGGUCGCAGCUCAGUGCCCCGUCUGCCCAAACUGCCUCCUCAUCCAAGCCUGGUUGCCAAUCUGCAGGAACAGCAGAGACAACAACAGAAGAUUGAGGAGGAAGUUCUGCCUGGGUCUUACCCAGACUUCCAACCUUCGCGCCGUCUGUCAUGCGAGGAGAAGUGUCCCUACCUGCAGUACCAGACCAGCCAGAAUGGCUAUGGCCACAGCAUGCUGUCUGACCCCCUGACCUUCAGAGAUCGUCCAGAGGAUCUGGGUCUUUGUCCGCGUUACCCUCCCUCCAAUUGGCAGCCUAGUGCGUCUUCACGCUACCCUGGAAAUAUGGAUAUCACUGAUGGAAUAUCAGAAAGAAUGGCCCACGUGGCUCGGGUACCAGCAGGCCGGAGGGCUGGUUACGGACCCAUCCACUCCAGGACCAAUUUAAUGGAGGCGGAGCUUAUGGACGCUGACUCUGACUUCUAAAAUCAUA